AUUAUGUUUCCAAAUAUUUUACUAUUUUAAUUUUAAUUUACAUUUUUUUUUACUUCAAAAAAUCAAUGCGCUACGUCUACUCUCCCUUUAAUUUUCAUCAAACAAAAGAGUGCACGCCGGACGGAUGAAGGCCUAGCUGCUGCAGGCGGAAAUCUCCGUCUUCUGUCGGUCGACCAAGAUUGGCUAAUUCGCAAGUUUUCCUCCUUUCUCCACAGGUUUUUUCAAUUACGUGCAUAAGCUUCAACCAAGGAAGAUAUAAUCUCUUAUUUGCCUCUGCGUUCUGGGACCAUCACCGCUUGAAAGACUUGCACGGAGAUCCGCAUCAGGAUUUCCCAAUGGAAAAGGCUAAGGUUCUGGAAUCCAAGGAUGGGAUCAUCUCUGUAGCUUCUGCAUUUGCUGGUCAUCAAGAAGAGGUUGAAGAUAGAGAUCACAAAUUUUUAUCAAAAGCUAUUAAAGAGGCAUAUAAUGGGGUGGACUCUGGUGAUGGUGGUCCUUUUGGGGCCGUUAUUGUGUGCAAUGAUGAAAUAGUUGUGAGCUGCCACAACAUGGUCCUCCAUGAUACUGAUCCUACAGCUCAUGCUGAAGUGACUGCAAUUCGAGAGGCUUGUAAGAAGCUUGAGAAGAGAGAGCUGUCAGACUGUGAGAUGUAUGCUUCUUGUGAACCAUGCCCUAUGUGCUUUGGUGCUAUUUUUCUUGCUAGAAUUAAGAGAUUGGUCUAUGGAGCUAAGGCAGAAGCUGCAAUAGCCGUUGGGUUUGAUGAUUUUAUUGCUGAUGCAUUAAGGGGCACUGCACAUUAUCAGAAGGCUCACUUAGAGGUCAUAAGAGCUAAUGGGAAUGGAGCCAUCAUUGCUGAACAAGUAUUUGAGAAAACAAAGCAGAAAUUCCAAAUGUAUUGAUGUCAUGUGACCCUUCCGAUCUCUCUUGCAAAUUUGUAUGAAGUCAUUGCCAUUUGUACUUCAUUGUUCUGAAUUGUUGUAUUUGAUUUCACAUAAAUCUUCAUCUUUCUCCCUGCUCAUGAUUAGGUGUAAAAGAGAAGCUUUAGUUACA